AUGGACUCAGGUUCAGCUUCCUCUCUCCCUUUCGAACGUGAGCGUACGCCCUACGCGGCGGCGGGACCAUCGCACGGCCGUGAUGCAUCCUCCAGCAGACCACAGGCAGUGCCAGCAAGCUCACGAGAUGCAAAUUCAAAGGCAGAGGAAGAAACUCGCAGACAUGGGCCGAGGACAGAUAGACGGCGAUUCGGGCCAAGAACUUGCCGUAUCUGCCUGGAAACAGAGCAUCCCAAAUUUCCCGGGGGAAUAUCCAGCACACUUGGCAUCGCCUCAGCAUCAUCCCGCCCUGUGUACGAGUCUGAUGAUCCAGAGAUGGGCAGGCUUCUUUCGCCAUGCAAAUGCAAAGGCUCGGCCAAAUACGUCCACGAAGGGUGUCUCGAUUCUUGGCGUUUGGCUAAUCCGUCUGCAAAGAGAAACUUUUGGCAGUGUCCGACCUGCAAAUUCACCUAUCGCCUGGCCAGACUGCAUUGGGCUACCAGAUUGAGCAGCAAAUGGACGCAAAUCGCUUUGACAGUGGUGGUCUUAAUCGCUAGCCUUUUCAUUCUUGGGUUCAUAGCAGACCCCAUCUUGGACUUUUGGUUCGAUCCAGUAGGGUCCAUAGCCGACACGGUAUCGAGCGUUGUAUCGGAUCUGGAUGCUGUCCAGCCACCGUCGCGCUUUUACGAAGAGCCCGUCACAUGGUUAGAACACUUCAGCAAAGGCUUCUUUUCGUUGGGCUUGAUUGGCGCUCUCAAGUCUUUUGUUGCUAUGGGUCCCUGGCAUUGGAUCAAUUUCCGCGCCGGCGGGUUAUUUGGCUCCGGACGCAGAGGUGGCACUGGGAGGAGCAGGAUGGGCAAUUUCAACUUGCUCUUUGUAGCCAUCGGGGCCUUCACCUUCAUGAUGGCCGUUUGGAGAUUUGUCCAAGCGAUGUGCGCCCGAAUCCUCGCCAACGUUAGCAAUAUAGUCCUGGACAUAGGCGGCGACGAGGACCAAGACGCGGACGAUGAUGCAACAAGGCAAUAUCCCGAGCGUCAACAGGCCAACGAAGAAGCGAGAAAGGACAGAUAUUUACCAUCUUGUCUGAUUUACUCGUGCUUGGGCCGUUUUGGUCUCUCAUGCUUGUCGGGUGUAGACAUGAUAUCGUCAGUGAUUCAAACUUUGGCCUUCGCUGUUUUUGUGUUGUUGCCUGAAGCACCUACUUGGUAUACACAGUCACAAGUAGGUUGCAAGAAAAGAAAACUGAUACAUUUUGCGCUUGAAGAUGCGGUUACCUUGCUUAGUUUGCUCAUGGAAAUCUCGAGACAUGGUCUAAAAUGGUGCAUGUCUUGA